GUUGUAAACAAACAGUGCAGCUGUGUCAGGUCACCCAGUGAGAGGUGUUGACGAGAGGUGUUGAUGAGAGGUGUUAUCACUGAAACAAGGUGGUCCUCUCACCCCUGACAGUGUAACGGGUCACUUGUUAUAGUGAGUCUCACACAAAGAACAAGAUGGCGGACGUACGAGACAUCUUGGAACUGGAGCGGUCACCUACCCCAGAGGUGAGCAAGGAGGUCAUCCUGGGCCUGCGUAAGGAAGCGCCCAAGAAAAAGAAGGAGAAAGAGGGCAUGCGGAGACCUGAAGGCAUGCACAGGGAACUUUAUGCUCUCCUCUACUCUGACUCAAACAAAGAUCUGCCCCCUCUGCUGCCAUCAGACAGUGGUCAAGGAUAUAAGAGCGUGAAGGCCAAACUUGGAAUGAAACGAGUCCGACCCUGGAAAUGGAUGCCAUUUACCAAUCUUGCUCGCAAAGAUAAUGCUGUCCUGUACCACUGGCGGCGAGUGUGUGACGAGGGCAAGGAAUACCCAUUUGCUAUGUUCAACAAGAAAGUGGAGUUGUUAUCAUAUUCAGAUGCAGAGUACAGUGAACACCUGCUGUGUGAUGGCUGGACUAGGAUAGAAACAGACACUCUUUUCGAACUGUGUCAUAGAUUUGACCUGCGCUGGCCUGUCAUUCACGACCGCUGGCCAUCACACCUCACCACGCGUAAAAUGGAAGAUCUGAAGGAAAGAUACUAUAGUGUCACCAACAUACUGAAAAAGGUAAAUAACUUGACUGGACCAGAAGGAAAAAUUGUCAACUACGACGCAGACCACGAGCGACGACGCAAACAACAGCUCCUUAAACUCUGGGACAGAACACCAAAACAGAUCGAGGAGGAACAACAGCUGCUGUGUGAGCUGCGUAAAAUUGAGGCUCGUAAGAAGGAGAGAGAGAAGAAGACUCAGGACCUGCAGAAGCUGAUCAGUGCUGAUGCUGAUGCUCGCAAGAUUCCCAAAACUACCAAGAAGAAGAUACAGCAGACGAAGAUUGCCAAGUUGGACGCACAGCCUCCAAGCCUGGAGAGUUGCACGGGCAUCAAGUUCCCUGAUGUGAAGUCUUCUGGAGUCAGCUUAAGGUCACAACGUAUGAAACUUCCUGCCAGUGUUGGACAGAAGAAAGUUAAAGCCAUCGAACAGCUUUUGACUGAACUGAACUUAGAGACAAAUCCAAUGGCAGUAGAGGAAGUUUGCCAACACUUCAAUGACCUGCGCUCCGACCUGGUGCUUAUGUAUGACCUCCGGACCAUCCUGAUCAACUAUGUAUUUGACCUUCAAACUCUCAAGCAUCAGUGUCAGAGUGUCAUGCCAGACAAGGUUUUGGAGAUCCCCGAGUCACUGACCAUCAACCCAGGGGAAGAAUCACCAAGUCGUCCUCGGGCCAUUUCCGAAAUGAUUGAUGCUGUUGCAACACCAACCACACCUAAUAGGAAGCGGAAAGCAGCGCUGGAACAGAGCAACGUUCUCAAGAAGAUAAAAGCGAGAACUUAGUACUAGUGUUAUUGAUAAAUAAAUUUCGUUGACAUCAUAGAGGCUAGGAAGAGUGUUGUUGCGGAGUCAAGAAGGGCCAUGAAGUGUGAGGCAGGCAGUACAAGGUACACUACACUUGUUUUAUUAUGUUAUUACUACAGUAUUUACCAUUAUUAUUACUGCCUCCAAUGAUUGAUGGUCAAGACCCCUACCAUUCUUGCACUUGGGGGGUAGAAUCAUGUGGUGAGGCAUAUGAAGUUGAAGGGUAAGGCUCCUCCAUCACAAAAACGGGGAUGGGAGGCUCGCAUGCGUGAGCGAGCGAAGAUAAAUGCCUACUUGGCAACAUUAUCUAGAUAGGCCCAUGUGGCGAUUCAAACAGUACCGUGAAUAUAAAUUUUUUCAUAUGACGGGAAAUGAAGCUUGGAGGUUUAAAUAAAUAGCAUACAAUAUUUAUAAGAAAUGGUACAGUACUGCAAUGUGUUUUGGAAUCAAAUUCAAGUGAGUCUUGUGUAGAUUUAGCAAAGAUUUUAAGGUAGGGGUUUAAGUAAUGUUUAUAUACAGUAUUAUAAAAAAAUAUAGUAACUUACAUCCAACAAUAAAAAUGUCAAAAGGAUUAUGUAUGAAAAAAAAAAGCCAAGUCUGAGGAGUUCUAUUUUAUAUACAGGAAUUACAACUUGUUGUUUGACUAGACAUAACAAGUUUGGGAACGGCAGGAAAUUUUUUUACAUUAGUGGCAGAUUACUGAAAAUUUGAGAGCGAACUCUGAUUGUGAUAAGACUUCACUUGGAUUUUAUAUCUACAAGUGUAAAUUCUGAACCCAAGUACAGUAAUUGAAUAUUAUUAUAGUUAUCAAAUAACCUUUGUACAAUUUAGUUUGAAUAUUUUGUAUUUAUAUACAUGCUCUGUGAUCAUGAAACAAUAAAUGCAUCAUGAAAAGCUACAACUUGGACUGGAAUUUUAUUAAAUAAAACUGGUUUUAUUACACUUAAAAAUUGAAACUAAAUUGACUAAGUAAUAAUAAUAAUAAUAAUUUGUGACAAGUAUUUGAUGAUUAAUUUAUUUUCAAAUUUGUUUCUUCAUAAGGCUGCCACACACACAACUGACCUGACAUACCAAUAAACAUUUAAUAACUGCAAGUACAUGACCUAACAUAAAAUUUGAACAGGUUUCACAUAUUGCAACUUCCUUCAUGGAUAAGCAGUAUUUAAAAUCUUUUGCAAUACAAGAAAUGGUAUCACUGAAUUUCUCUUGCAUUAAUAACCUUAUUUGUCAUAAAUAUAUCUUUGAUCAGUAUACAGUAGAACUUCAUACAUUAUUUAUCUCGAAGUCACAGAGAAUUGACAUUUUGGGGGGGAAAGACUAAAGCAACCAAGUGCUAUUUUAAAGCUAUGCUGCCUGCACUUUGUUGUGUAACAGUUAUCAGCUAGUUUCAAGUGUUUUAAUGCUUGUACUAUUAUUUUAUGAACUUGUACUUCAUUAAAAAGACCCAAUUUCAAUAGAGUACUGUAUUUAAAAAUCAGAUAAGUUUAUGAAAAAAAAUUUCAUUAUUCACAUCUCUAUACAAAAGUACAUUAAGUUUUAACCCUUUCAGUGCAAAUCCAGAGUGAAAAAAACUGAAAAUCUCAAAAUAUUUUACCUUCCAAAGUUUUGUCUUACAAUGUAAAAAUAAAUUUUAUGCAUUUGUGUAGACACACAAAUACACAUGUA